CAGGCCCCCCCAACUAUGGACGAGCGUCUGCUGGGGCCGCCCCCUCCAGGCGGGGGCCGGGGGGGCCUGGGAUUGGUGGGUGGGGAGCCCGGGGGCCCUGGCGAGCCUCCCGGUGGCGGAGACCCCAGUGGGGGUAGUGGGGGGGUCCCGGGAGGCCGAGGGAAGCAAGACAUCGGGGACAUUCUGCAGCAGAUAAUGACCAUCACCGACCAGAGCCUGGACGAGGCCCAGGCCAAGAAACAUGCCCUAAACUGCCACCGAAUGAAGCCCGCUCUCUUUAGCGUCCUGUGUGAAAUCAAGGAGAAAACUGGCCUCAGCAUUCGAAGCUCCCAGGAGGAGGAGCCAGUGGACCCCCAGCUGAUGCGCCUGGACAAUAUGCUUCUGGCAGAGGGUGUGGCUGGGCCUGAGAAAGGGGGGGGCUCAGCAGCAGCAGCUGCAGCCGCUGCAGCUUCCGGGGGCGGCAUGUCCCCUGACAACUCCAUCGAACACUCGGACUAUCGCAGCAAACUUGCUCAGAUUCGUCAUAUCUACCACUCGGAGCUAGAGAAGUAUGAGCAGGCAUGUAAUGAGUUCACAACCCAUGUCAUGAACCUACUGAGGGAGCAGAGCCGCACACGGCCGGUGGCACCCAAGGAGAUGGAGCGUAUGGUGAGCAUCAUCCAUCGAAAGUUCAGUGCCAUCCAGAUGCAGCUCAAGCAGAGCACCUGCGAGGCCGUCAUGAUCCUGCGUUCCCGCUUCCUGGAUGCCAGACGCAAACGCCGUAACUUCAGCAAACAGGCCACUGAGGUCCUAAAUGAAUAUUUCUACUCCCACCUGAGUAACCCGUAUCCUAGUGAGGAAGCUAAGGAGGAGCUCGCCAAGAAGUGUGGAAUCACUGUCUCUCAGGUCUCCAACUGGUUUGGCAACAAGCGGAUUCGCUAUAAGAAAAAUAUUGGAAAGUUCCAAGAGGAGGCAAAUAUCUAUGCCGUCAAGACUGCCGUGUCAGUCACCCAGGGAGGCCACAGCCGCACCAGCUCCCCAACACCCCCUUCUUCUGCAGGCUCUGGAGGCUCUUUCAGUCUCUCAGGAUCCGGAGACAUGUUUCUGGGGGUGCCCGGGCUCAACGGAGAUUCGUACUCUGCUUCCCAGGUGGAAUCACUCCGACACUCAAUGGGGCCAGGGGGCUAUGGGGAUAACCUCGGGGGAGGCCAGAUGUACAGCCCUCGGGAAUUGAGGGCAAAUGGCGGCUGGCAGGAGGCUGUGACCCCGUCCUCAGUGACAUCCCCAACAGAGGAACCAGGGAGCGUUCAUUCUGACACUUCCAACUGAUCUCACCCCUCAGGGCCACAGGGGUGGGGGCUCACGAGGUGACUCUUGAAGAGGACGAAAGCAUCCGGAGACCCCCGACACAGGAGAAGCACAAGGCAGAGAAGGGCAAAUGGGGUCAUCCCCUCCCUCACCAGACUCAGUGCUGGGGGUGUUGCUUACCUGGCAAGGAGAUGGGAUCCCCUAAGAGGAAAGUGGGGUCUGUCUCCCCCUUUUUCCUUUUUUUCAGUCUUUAAUCUCCCCAUUUCUUAUACACACACGCACACAUCCAGAAUCCUAUUUUUCAGAUCCCUUUCUCUCACACAUGUACAACUAUUCUCACUCUCUGGUUUCACCCACUUUCCCUCCCCCACCGCUUAUCUGCUCUGGGAUCUAUGGAGAACGCCAGCCUUGCCCUACCUACCAGAGGUGCCAAAAACAGGGACACAACUUCUGGACAGAGGACCUGGGCCAUGCCCCCUUGCCUCCUACCCCCUGCCCCUCCAGACAGCUUUAUUACCUCAUAAGCAGCUCAUCUUAAACCAAUAGAAUAGCUCGGUGGACAAGAGUGUCUGACUCAGAUAUCUACCUCGGAGGGAGUUUCUGCUACUUUAGGGAAUUGACUUGGGUUUUAGGGUUGAUUUUUUUUUUUUUUUUUUUUGGAAAGAAGAAGAAACCCUGGGGUCCAUUAUUUGUUUGUUUGGUUUUGGGUUUUUUGUUCUGGUUCUUAAUUUUCAUUUUAGUUUGGGGAAGCAGGUAUUUUUUAUAAAUAUGUUGAUUUUUCUCUUAAUUUCCCGCUUUCCCAUAUUAGGGGUUAUAGCCAAAGGGGUAAAAGAGGGGCACACACAGAACUGGUGAAGAGACCCACCUGCUCCAGGCCUGUCCAUCAGGAAGCACAUUCAGCAGGUCACCACACCUGCCCCCCUAAAAUUGCUUAGGUAUUCUCCUUUGCUUGUAAGUCCCAGGUGUUCUUUGCUUGCUCAGGCAGCUUCCAGCCGCAUUUGGUGUGGAGGCCGUCUGGGGCGUGUUGUGGCUGGCCUAUCCUCCCUCUUCCCACAACUCGGGCAGGGCUAGAUGCAGUAAUUCUGAGGAAAUGCCACCUUCCCCUGUGGUAUGUCUUUAAAUCUUUUUUUUUUUUUUUUUUUUUAGCUACUAUUUGCAGAUUGGAGGGGAA